AUGCCGGAGAUGAAGCAGCCGGUCGACUUGGGUCUCCUGGAAGAGGGCGACGAGUUCAAGGAAUUUCAGGAAGACUGGGCCGGCUUAGAUGAAGAUGAAGAUGCACGUGUCUGGGAGGAUAACUGGGAUGAUGACAGUGUAGAAGAUGACUUCUCCAAUCAGUUACGCGCUGAGCUAGAGAAGCAUGGCUACAAGAUGGAAACUUCAUAGCAUCCAGAAAUGUUGCAAGACC